AUGGCCGAUUUGACAGGAAGGAGCAUGGAACCACCAGCUGCUGCAUGGCCACCCUGCGGCUUUCCGGCCAACUGGUCCUUGCGACCAGCUGUGUGGGCUCCUGGCUUCCCUGUCGAGUCUGCAAUGUGGUUCCAGACACACGCUUCUAGCAGCUCUAGCGGAGGGCAGCUGCAACAAGAAGAAGAAAAAGAAGCACAAUACAAGACGGAAAUGAAGAUCCACGACCCGAUCCAAGCGUUCGCGGAAGCAGCACACGAGUUUAAGGUCGACAUCGACAUGAGGAACAUGAAGAUCCACCGGUACCCUGCAAGCAUUCAACGUCUCGAAGCCUGCUACACCACCCCGACGACGGUGGCCAUCGGGCCUUACCACCACGGGGAGGACCGCCUCAGGCCGGCGGAGAAGGUGAAGCAUGUGGCCGCCUACCACUGCAUCAUGGAGUCGGGCCGCUCCGUCCAGGAGAUGUACGCCACGGUGGCCUCGGUCGCCGGCGAGGCCCGAGGGCUCUACGACAAGGACAUGGUGGCAGGUAUCGGCGACGAUGACUUCCUGCCCAUGAUGUUCUACGAUGCCUGCUUCCUGGUGCAAUACAUGCUCACGUGCACCACUGGUGUAUCCGAGAUGGAUCCGUCGCUGCGCAGCUACUUCGACGGCAACGACAGUGAUAUCUUCCACGACAUCAUGCUCCUCGAGAACCAGCUCCCAUGGCGGGUGGUCAAGACCGUCAUGGGGUUCAGGCCGGUGCCCUUGGAGGAGUUCAUCACUUACUUGAAAGAUGGCCUGCAAGACCGCAAAUUAACCGAGAAGAAGUCUCCGGUCUUGGACGAUAGCUACGAGCCGCCGCACCUCCUCGGCCUUCUCCGAUUCUACAUUGUAGGGAGAAGCAACACCAAGCGCAACCUCCUACCCCAAACCGAGUCCAUGUCGUUCUCCGUGAGCGCCAUCGAGCUCGCGGAAAUCGGCAUCACGCUGACAGCCAACAAGACCAGCGAGCUGAUAGAGAUGGGCGUCAAGAACAAGCGGGUCCUCUUCGCCGAGAUCUCCCUGCCAUCAUUGUCCCUGGACCAUGCGCGCGCGAGCUGGCUCAUCAACAUGGCGGCUUUCGAGGUAUGCACCACCCCAAACUUCCAAGCGGUCCAAGACGAGGAGUCCGUUGUCAGCUCGUACCUCCUCCUCUUUGCCAUGUUGGUGGACCGGGAGGAGGACGUGCACGAGCUGCGAAGGAAGCGUCUCCUGCAGGGAGGAGGAGGGCUCACCAACAAGGAGGCGCUCGACUUCUUCACCGGGCUUCAGGGUCUACCGCUCGGAUCCAGCUAUAUCCGCAUCAUGGAAGAGAUUGAGAAUUACCGGGUCAAGAGGCGAACGCGGACCAAGUUGCACGCCUUCGUUUACAAGAACUUGAGGAUCAUCGUUACUGUCUUCUCUGCUGUUGGUUUUCUCGCCGGUGUCUUUGGCUCGCUUAUGUCUCUCAGGAGACGAUCUUAG